UUUAUGCCAUUGACGAUAUUGAUUGACCAUCAAGUAGAUAAAAAUGCGCAAACAAAUUGAAACGAGAGCACGAUUUAAAAACAAUAAACGCAGCACGAGAUCACAUCAUUAUAAUUGCAACACUCAAAGUGAGAAGUGCUAAAGCGGAAGUUCACCAAAAACACAAAACAAAUUUGAUAAUAUUCAUCGUCCAAAAAUGGAUUUCUUUGCCGCUGGCGGUUUCCAACAACUAUUCAGCGAUUUAAAUGACACGCAGCUGCAUGAAAACUGGACGGAUAUCGGUGGCGAAGAGGGAAGUGGAACGCCGCUUUACAGUUACAAUUGCUGCGCAGAGCAAACAAAUGAAAGCAGCAUGCGACUCUCCUGCACGAAUGAUCCUUACAUACUUGCUGAGAUGCCGAGUGAGAAAAUGAGAGUGGAAUUGCAUGCGGAUUGGGAUGAAAGCAUGGCGGAAGGGUCGUAUAAUAUGCAGGAUGAGCAAAAUGUGAACACAAAUUACACGGAAUAUGAAGGAAACAACGAGCAACAACUGCAGCUUACGCUGGAUCGGCUGCUGAGCUCGCCACCUGACGUCAUAAUAAACCAUCCCGCCUCCAAUUCACCUGCAGAGCCUACGAACUACCAAACAUUAACUACUCAAAGUUACAGUGAACCGGAAUAUAAAAACGACAGUAGUCCUGUUAGCAUAGAUUCCACAACAGUCCUGGAGUUCGAGACGGCUGCCUUCAUAACACGUGAGAUGGCUGAGUGGGAGGAGAAGUUUCUGGAUAACUAUAUUGAAAUACCAGAGCUCAUCGACUUUCUACCUGAGAAGACACCACUUUGCACUGAUACCUGCGAUCAUUUUCUACACGAAAGUUCGAAAAAUCUAAAACUGCAUCGCAAAGCGCGCACUACAAAACGCAGGAAUGAGUCCGGUUGUCAAGCUGAAGCCUCCGCCGCCGUCGGUUAUCCAUGCACUUUUGGCAAUUGCGAUAAGAUUUAUGCGAAACCUGCACACUUGAAGGCACAUCUGCGGCGUCAUAUGGGUGAAAAGCCCUACACCUGCGAUUGGCCUGCUUGUACGUGGAAGUUUUCACGUUCCGAUGAGUUGGCGCGUCAUCGACGUUCGCAUUCGGGUGUGAAACCUUACAAGUGUAGUUAUUGUAUGAAAUGUUUUGCACGCUCCGAUCAUCUAACGAAGCAUCGCAAGGUGCACGAGCGGCGCCUGUUGGCGGCGAAUAAAGCUGGAAAGACGAUCGAUGGUGUGCUGGGGCAUAGUGUGUUGACAGUGCGACCGGGACGUAAGCGUAAAAAUCAGUUAUAACAUGAGAGGAGGGUUGUGCAAUCGUUAAAGAAAUAUUAGAUUUUAAGUGAAUGUGAUUGUUUGAAUAAGUUGUGUUAAAUAUAAGUUAGAAAAGUUUAAGUUCCUAAAGUUUAAUUAAGAAUAAUUUAUAUACUGAUUUUAUGUGAGCUUCAUAGCACGGUAUGAACCGUAGGGCUUCUUAAAAGUUGCUAGUAACUUAUGUGUGCGUCCGGGUCUCAGUUACAGAUUAAGGCCAAAGGAAGAACCUAUAGUUUAGGAUGGAUGCAAAAUAGAAUCAAUAUAUAUAUAUAUAUAAUUCGACUCUUUUUUUAAUAAACUUAUAUAAUAAACUGUAGAUAACAUACUUGGCAUGAGCUGAUACAACCCUUAUGUUUCUUCCAAGACAAGGUCGUGGUCAUUGAGAUUAUUCAGAUCAAAUGUGAUCUGAUUGGCUUGCACAAUUGGGUUUGGUCAGUGUCUCUGUCGACAUAGCAAUGAUCAAACCCCAGUUUGGGCUCAGAAACGAUAACCCUUAAAUGAAGGCCGAGCUCUUAUUUGAUAUAAUAUUAUUAUGAUUAUAAUAUUUGAGAAAUGAAGAACCUAUUUAGGUGGAGUUU